AUGUCGGGAGAGUCGUCGAAACGGUCGAACCUCAUUGACGUAUCAUAUGGCCAGCUUCACCAAGCCCUGUCUGGGCGAUUGGAGGGCACGACCAGCGACCAACUCAUAGAGUACAUUACCCCACGCCUCGACACCCUCCGACACAUCGCAGAGCCCUUCGGCAAGCCGUCAGACGCGUCGAAGAAGAAGAUUGACGGCGGCGCUGUUGCGCUCAGCGACGGGGUCACUGUGCGGAUCGACGAUGCCGACAAAGAGUAUGUGUUGGCGGUCAGCAAAAAGUUCCAGAUUGACCAAGUCCACGCACUGGUACUCCUGCGCUCGUUUCUCUACAACAAGGGCCUGCCGGCGACGGCGAAGGAGGGCAAAGAUUCGUUUGUGGACGAGCUGGUGGAGUGGAUCACACCAUUCUACUUUUCGGAGCGGUUGGCGGUGUUGAGGGUCCUGUUACCACUUUUCCGCGCCAGGGGAGACCCUGACGACCCGCUAUACGACUUUGCCACCACGUUUUUGCCCAAGAUUAUCCCGGACGGACCGAAAUUUGUGGAACUCUUGUUGGCGGAGUUCUCGAAACGAACAAGGACGCAAGUCACGGCCAGAACCCCGAAGGAUGCCGCGUUGGAGGCGAAGCAAAGUUGUGCGGAGCAGUUGGUGCUGUUGGAGGUGCUGUUUGCGACGAUGUGGGACUAUGUCAAAUGCGAUGGGAGCAUGGUCGCUAAGCUCUACGAAACGGCAUAUGAGACGGGCAUCGGAACCAUCCAGGCGAAUACUGCGCUAUUACUGGACAGCGAAUCGAGUCAAUUACUUCAAGACAUUGCAACACUGUGGACAGUCAUCAUGGUCGAGAUUUUGGAGCUCGAGGCGUUGGCGGAUCCAGCAGGCAGAAUCGAGAUAUCAGACAACCCGAUAGACACUAGCGUUUAUACCGCUUCCGCCAAGUCACUGCAACGAAUCCACGAGCUCGUCAUGGCGAACGAUGACGGCCAAUAUGUGAUCGUGUACAUUGCGUGGGCAUUUGUGGUCUCUCGGUUGGCAGACACCGCAAGUAAACUCGAGUCGAUACCAGACACGUACCGCCAAUUCUUCGAAACAAUUCUCCCUCAUCUCCAACGAAAUUCCAAAGAUCGAGAACCAGCACAUUUGUGGAUGACCAGGACCGCACUUGCUCCGGGAGCUGGGUUGUUCGGCCUUUUGUUCAGCUUCUUGACAGACUCGCCACUAUUUGUGGCCUCUGUUGCAUGGAAGCGCGCAUCUGGAGUGACCGAUCCUAACGCAACAGCCUAUCGUUCAGUUAUCAAAGGACUUCUCAUCGCCAUCGUCGAACUAACUCCGGUCGAACAUAUUGCGGAUUCGGAUGCGUUCAUCGAUGUCUGGAUAGCUUUGUUUGGUCGCAGUGAAAGCAAUUCCGUUGCCCUCAUAUGUGCCCAGUAUUGGGAGUCGGACUGGCACGUCUCCUCCGCCCGCCGCGCCAUCUUCGACGUUGCUCGUUCCCGCUUCCCUAUCAACUUCCAAACCCUCAUUCGCCUUCUCCGCGCUAUGACCGGCAACGGCUUCCUCGAUACAGAUCCGCUUUGCUCGACCCAAGAAGGCCCUCCGACCCGUCUUGCAUCUCAAGCUGCUGCGCGCGACUCCUGCGCCCGUCACGUGUUCUACUACCUCGAAAACCUCACGACCUAUUCCCAAGUUGUCCCUAUCCAUUUGACAACAGGCCCCAACGCGAUGAUAGAACGCAGUGGCCAUCCAAACACACCUGUCGGGCUCAGUUAUGCCAGUCAAAGGCAGAUUCGUCUUCCCGGCGGAUCAAUGAUGCCUUCCGGGUCCUCCGGCAGGCUGCUCAAUAGUGAUGGGGCAGAGUGGCUCAUCGUGUGUUGGCAACAUCAGCACUCUGGGUGGAAGCUCAUUUUGGAGGUCCUGACUGACUACGUAAACAAACGUCAGGUUCUUUCUGGGGGUUACUCGGAUGUGUCGUUUGCGCCGCGCGGGGCGGGCCAGCCCGUGACUGUCCGUUUGGAGGAUGUCGGUGUCGAAACCAACUCCGGGGGGAUUAACGAGACUGUGAUAACACACGCGUUGGAUUUGGUGCAGAGUUUGAUCCAAGACAGUCCUGCUCAGGCUGAACAGCUGAUGCAAGCCUUCGAAGCUGGAGAUCCCGUCGUUUCACACACCAUGACGGAAGCCCGACCGCCAGACCUGGUCCAACUCACGACAAUGAUAUUGGAAGACGCGUUAACCUCUUCCGGGCACCGAAGUAACGGGUAUCGAAUUCAGCUCAUUACAUCCGCCAUGAGCGUUCUGUCUGCCAUAUUGGCGUUGCCUCGAUAUGCUCAUCGCGUCUGGUUAUACGUUCGCUCGACAGGGGCUUUGUUCGGAGAACGGGGUGCGGGUUUUGGAUCAGUUGCUUUAGCUGCUGAAAAAGUCAGUGGGCGAUAUACGAUGACGCUGGGCCUUUUGCAUCUUGUCCAGCGGUUGGCCGCGGAGGCCUUUUCAUCCGUUCUUCCAGACAAUCCGAAACUUCUGCAGCUCAAAGAGGAGGUGUUGAUGCGGGGGAUCCGCUUUGUGCAUACGGAAGUUUGGGUUGAGCAUUUAAGCUGGAAGUAUGCGCAGAAGGCGGAGCGGUACGACAUCGGCCAACAAGUCAUGACUUUCUAUGGGACGAUUCUCGAGCAUGCACCGCCAGUUUUAGAUGACUCCGCAACGAAAUAUCCGUUUGCGAAACUUGUGCAAACAGUGCUCGACCUGACACUGUUCAAAGCUACAACCUCAACAAUCAAUCCCUUGGUCUCGACAAUAACGUCAGGCAUCUCCGUGCUGGAAUCACUAUACGACUCGCGGCUCCAUGCGGAUGUCCGCCGAUUGGUCUUUUGUCUUGAAGCCCACCUUCAUCUGGCGCGGAUUGUGAUGAACCUAAAAAUCAAUACUCGUUCGACCAAGCCCUGCUUAUUGGAACAGUUGUUUUGUACUCGUGUCACUGGCGGAGCUUUUUCGCGCGAUUCCAACACGUUCGUCAAGGCGGACCCAAUCGAGGUGCUUGCUCUUUAUGUCAAACAACGAGGGAUGGGGAAUGUUGUUCCCGUCGAGGCUAUGCGUGUGUUAUGCGCCUUGCGCGCCUCAUUUGCAUUGAUAUCCCCCUCACCACCAACCAUCAUUGCCCAUCUAGGCAACCCCGAAACAACGGUUGCUUCACUUGUCCAGAUCAUCCAGCAUCCUUACGAGGAUAUGACUUUACGCGGCGCCGUUUGGAACUUCCUCUCCCUGGCUGUCGCAUCCGAGCCUGCUCUUGGUGGCUUGUUUGUCAAUGGCCGAUUCCGCACCCCUGCCCAGCUAAAAGGCAAAGCCAAAGCAAUAACCGACAGCCCAGCUGACGAGAGCGCUGAAAGUGCAUUGGAUGUUGCGACGGACAUGUUGGCUGGAUGGAGCGAGAUGUGGGAUAUGAAUCCGCAGCUAUUGUCUUCCGUCUUGAAGUUUUUGGAGGUCGUUUGGGAGCAUGGACUGGAACAUCGAGGAGUUCUUGAAGGCUUCAGAGACAGCCCCGAAUUCUGGGACCGCAUAACAAACCUGGCUUCCAAAGAAUUGGGACCAGUCCCAGAAUACGAGUCUGGUGUUUUCGAAAUAGUCGAUGGUAUUCGGCGGUCGGCACAUCACGAGGUUGUUUCGAUGCAUACUUAUCGGACCCUGGCGAAAUCGUAUGCUCUGAAAAUCAUUGCCCAUGACAUUGGAAUGCAUUUCGCCGUUAAUAAGGAUGCCGCCAAAUCCAAGCCGAUUAGUUUCACCAAGAUGGAACCGCGAUUCCGGUCUUCGGAUGAUUUGAGUGAGCUGUUGUUGGAGGCAACACCCAGCUCGUAUGACCCAUCUCUAUACGACGAGCUGGCUGAACAAUUGAAGGAUGGCUUCCCUUCGUUGACACUGGAGCAAGUCCGGUCAUUCGAAUCCGCUGCCGAGCGGGAGUUUGGAGAUGACUUCAUCUUCUCUACUUCACUAUUCCACACCCGCAUCAACGCUUACCAGAGCAAAUUUCCUGCAGACCACCGUGACUCUCUGGUCGCGCAAGUUCACCUCAUCAACAUGAAUUUGUCUUUGACCCAGUCCCAAACUGCGCUGGCUGAAUCGUGGCAGUUGUUGCUCCAGAAAACGGUUCCUUAUCUUCGAGGAGACGCCACUGUCGCACCCUUGCUUAUGGCUAGCGCUGCGUCGAUGUCGUAUGAUAUUGCAGCUGAAAAGCGUUCUGGGGAUAUGAUGUCAACAAUACACGGAACUAGAUUGGCGUUGUUGUUAGCCGUCUUGGAGGUCGUAUGGUUUGCGGCGACAGAUAAGAAGCCCGAGAUCCAGUCUUUCGUCGACCUCGUUAACAACGUGCAAAACAUCAUUCUCAAUGAAGCCCAGCCGCCCUCCAAAUCAUUCCUUGGCGCGCUUUCAGUCCCUUUCCAUCGAACACUCCUACUCAUCCUCUACUUCUGCGCGCGCAACUGCGGCAUUCUGGCUCGACGCGCUAAAGCUCUGAAUGCUGACCAACGACUGAAGAUUGCUUCCAUGAUCGAUGCGGCGUUAGCAAUGGUCAUUGAUGCCCUUCGCGUGGUUUUCGACGCAGCACGAAGUCGAGUGGAUGUAGAACUCGACAGGGACAUGGAGUUUUUGGUUUCGCUGUUUGAGCAAUGUACCCGGUCGGACGUUAACCCUUCGACCACGCUCUGGCUUGUUCGCUGUCAAGAAAGCGACAUUAUCCGCGCCAGUUUGGACCUCUAUGUCCAUAUCGACCUUGCAGGACUGUCGGAUCUUCCGUUGCUCCUUGCACGAAAGCAGCCACUCUAUGCUCCACAUAUUCUGCUCUUCCACAUGGCCCUGGCCUCAAUCCCUUCAGCUGCCGAACGAUUUGCGAGCGAGGGCGUUUUAGCCGCUUACAGCAACAAUUCGCUCAGCGCGGCCAUCAGUGCCGGAAUGAUUGAUGUCACGUUACCGGAAAUGCCGGGUCAUAGGAGUCCGGCGCAUACUGGCUAUUGCGCGAUGCUGGCGAUAGUUUCGGGAGUUGUGACCGCACUGGGACGCCAAAACCACUACUUUGACGCCGAGGCCAGCGGUUUGAUCCAGUUAUACGGCGAGCAAAUCAUCCGCUCACUUUCGUGGACGAUUGGCGAUCCCAUAACGCUGCCGCUUGUGGAGGAGCUGGAGCACGUUGUCAACGUAUUUUACUCGAUUGCAGAAGGCGCGCCGGUGUCGCAAACCAACGUCAACCCUGCGGUCGAGAAAGUGCUUCAUGCGUUCCCCAUUCCCGCGCUGCGACUGCUGCAGCAACUUAACUACGCGUUGACGCAUCCAAAUCAUCUCGCGAGUCUGUUUGAGCCUGUGACUACCGACGAGCGGACACUAUUGGAGAAAGACCCGCCAGCAAUGGACCCCCUCAAACGGCCACUUAUUGCCCAUCUCGUCCAUCGGUUGUUCCGCCUCUCGAGCAACAUCCUGUCGACGCUGGUCACCGUCAACCGCGCGUAUUUGGUGUUGACGAGCGAUAGGGAUGACUGGCCAGUCCACGAAGCGUUGAUUCAGCCGCACUCGAAAGUUGUCCUUGGAGAAGCCGCAUCGAUGGGCACGCUUCUGGAGCUCGGAAAUUGCACGCUUGAUGUGUUGCGCGAUCUCGUCAACCGACCCGCUGGCCAAAGUCUUGCUGAUGUGGGGGCCAUUCCGGGCACUUUCCCGUUGGAUGUCCGACAGGGAGUGAGCACUGCGCGACGGAACCUUGAGGCGCUGCUUAUCUACGCGGUCACACAACUGGUUAUGUCGCUGUCAAAGCCUGACACGACCGAAGCUAGCGGUGGGGAGGUGGAGAUGGACACGGAGCACGUGGAGGAACAACGACGGGCACCAAGAGCGUCGUUGUCGCUUGCGGACCGACUAAGGCGAGGUGUCACAGGCGAAAUGGCGGCCGAUCUGCAGUCGCUGCUGACGAAAUCCAAGCCGAUUGUGGCCAAAUGUGAUUCUGUGGUCGGAGGCACACCUGCAGUCGAUUUGACGGGGGUGCUGGCGAACUUCUUACAGGAAAGAAUACUGGUCCAGCAAUAA